CAACUCUAAUAAACUGCGCAGUCUGGCAACUCUUCGGCCCAGGUGAUACAAAAAGAAAAUGUUGAAGAACAUCUACGUAACGCCGUUAAAUUUGCUUAAAUCGGCCACCAGCCUGCAGCAGCAAGUGCGGACCACGUUCGUGCUGAAGCGCAAAUAUGACCCGCCACUGCACAAGACGAACGAGAAGCCCCGCCGGAUGCGGGCGAAGAACUUCAUCUACGAGCUGGUGGAGGACACGUUGGUCAAGAAGCGGCCCAACAUGCAGGUGGUGCUGAAGACCUUCGUCGAGGGCGUCGGCGACAAGGGCGACGUGGUGUCCAUGAAGCCGCAUUUCGUCUACAAUAAGCUUUUGCUCCCCGGAUUGGCGGCCUACAAUACGCCGGAGAAUGUGGCCAAGUACGCCAAGACGGAGGCGGAAAAGUCGGCCGUAAAGCACAGCUCCGCCUACGCCCAGCGAACGGUGAACAUGCUGGAGUCCAUUGUCCUGGCGGUGGUUAUGAACAAGGACGAGCCGUGGGUCCUCGAGCCCUGGCACAUCAAGGCCUCGCUGCGCAAGGCGGGCUUCCAUUGCCGCGAGGAGUGCAUCACACUGCCCAAGGAGCGCAUCGAGGGACCCGAUCUCAAGAAGGAGAGCAAGGAUUUCUACUGCACCGUGACCAUCAACAAGCUGGAGCAGGCGCGUCUGAAGUGCCGCCUGCACCACUGGAGCACGGAUCCCAGCGAGCGGCUGCCCUACGUCCUGGAGCACUGGAAACUCCAAUCGGAGCCGCUUCUCUCUGUGGGUUCCCCUGAAAAGUCCGAGAAGAGCACCUAGGCUAGCAAAAACCUCUACCAAAUAAAUGCAAUUGUUACAAAAGAA